AUGUUUGAGCUGGAAAACCAUGAAUUCUCUCUUUUGGAGGACAGCUACUUUCAAGGGCAUCCUGGAGUCCCCGGGAACCCUGGACACAAUGGCUCACCUGGCUGUGAUGGAUGAGGUAGAUCAAAGGAUGACAAAGGGCAUACAGGAACUGAUGACAGAGUUGAAGAGAAGGGAAACAAAGGAGAUCAAAGGAGAGGAUGACCUGGGCAACUGGGACCAAAUGGAAUUGCUGGAACUGUACAGGACAAAGGUCAAAAAGGAGAGCUCAGACUGUCUGAUAAUCCAGGAGUUCAGGGGGAAAAGGACUGGAAAGGGGACAAAAGAAACAUAUUGCUAUUAAACUUCCCCCCUGCCCAUAUUCCAAUCAAGUUUCACAUGGAGAUGUAUAAUGCAAACCAUUAGCCAAACCCAGCUACUGGGAAAUUUACCUGCAAAUUUUCUGCGGUUUACUAUUUCACCUACCACAUCACUGUUUAUUCAAGAAAUGUAAGAGUAGCUCUGGUUAAAAAUGGGAUCAAGAUGCUACACAUUGUGUGUUACUCAAUUCACUCAGAGUUACACACUUUACUCCUCCUGAACUGCCUGGGCAGUUAGGAAUCAAAAACUAUCAGACCCUCCCAGUUUAGGAACACCUCCCUCCCCCAGCAUCUAUCACUGUCAGCCUCCCACCUCCACCAACCUUCCCAGCAGUGAAAACGAUCACAGAGGUAUACUUAAAUAGAAAAGGGAUUUUAUUAAUAAACCACUUAAUAGGUUUAACACAACAGAGGCAUGAAGCCUGAACCCAAACCCCAAAACAAGAGUGGACAACAGAAAGUGUCGCCAGGAACCCAGGAACCACAGCUCAAGAACACCUCCGACAAGGACAUCAGGAACAAUGGUAAGUGA